GCGGGCCGGCACCGCCUCUAAAGAGGGCGCGGUCUGGAGCCGCCUGAUCGAACUGCGAGCAAGAUGGCGCCGGCGGUGCGGGGGCUAAAGAGUUUGGUGUGGAAGAAGCUGAAAUCUGCAAUAUUUGAUGACUGUAGGAAAGAGGAUGAAUGGAAGGUAAUUCUUUUAGAUGAUUACACUACUAAAUUACUGUCACUGUGCUGCAAAAUGUCUGAUCUACUAGCAGAGGGUAUCACAGUGGUGGAGAACGUGUAUAAAAACCGAGAGCCUGUUCCAGACAUGAAAGCAAUAUAUUUCAUAACUCCUACCAAAAAGUCUGUAGAUGGUCUUAUUGAUGACUUCAUCAGCAAAUCAUCCAGCAGAUACAAAGCAGCAUACGUCUAUUUCACUGACACUUGUCCUGACAACCUCUUCAAUAAAAUUAAGUCUUCCUGUGCCAGAUCAAUAAGGAGAUGCAAGGAAAUCAGUGUUUCCUUCUUCCCAUAUGAAUCUCAGGUAUUUACCCUCAAUGUCCCGGAUGCAUUCUAUUGCUGUUACAGUCCAACUUUUGAAAAUACAAAGGAUAAAGAUGCUGUGAUGGAAGCAAUGGCUGAACAAAUUGUUACCUUGUGUGCCACUCUAGAAGAGAAUCCAGGAGUGCGAUAUAAAAGCACACCUUCAGAUUAUGCCAGCAGACUUGCACAGCUUGUUGAAAAGAAGCUUGAGAGCUACUACAAAACUGAUGAGCAAAGCCAAAUAAAGGCUAAAACCCACUCACAAUUAAUAGUAAUUGAUCGAGGCUUUGACGCAGUAUCAACUGUCCUUCACGAACUCACGUUCCAGGCUAUGGCGUAUGAUCUACUGCCAAUUGAAAAUGAUACUUACAAAUACAAAGCAGAUGGGAAGGAAAAGGAAGCAAUUCUGGAAGAAGAUGAUGAGCUCUGGGUGAAGAUUCGGCACAAGCAUAUUGCAGAUGUAAUAGAGGAAAUAUCUCAACUUUUGAAAGAAGUUUCAUCAAAGAAGAAAGCAACAGAAGGAAAAUUAACGUUAUCCAGUCUGGCCCACUUAAUGAAGAAGAUGCCGCAGUAUCGUAAAGAGAUCACUAGGCAAGUUGUCCAUCUUAACAUAGCAGAAGACUGCAUGAGCAAGUUCAAAGCUAACAUAGAAAGGCUUUGUAAAACUGAACAGGAUUUGGCUCUCGGAACUGAUGUAGAAGGUCAAAAAGUGAAAGACUCCAUGAGAGUUCUCCUUCCAGUUCUGCUCAACAAAAGUCACGACAGCUAUGACAAAAUUAGAGCUAUUCUCCUGUAUAUCUUCAGCACAAAUGGAACUACCCAGGAGAACUUGGACAAGCUGAUCCAGAAUGUACAAAUAGAAAGUGAUAGUGAUAUGAUAAGAAACUGGGAAUACCUUCAUGUUCCUAUUAUCUCUUCAUCAGCUGUUCAGCAACAAAAGCAACCAAGGAGGGACCGCUCUUCAGAAGAAACUUUUCAACUCUCUAGGUGGACACCUCUUAUAAAAGAUGUUAUGGAGGAUGCUAUAGAAAACAAACUGGAUUCAAAAGAGUGGCCUUAUUGUUCCCAGUGUCCUCCUACCUGGAAUGGCUCAGGAAUAGUAAGUGCUCGCCAGAAGCCUAAAGCUAGUUAUCCAGAUGAGAGAAGGAGUAAUGCAAGAUUGAUUUUAUUUGUGAUCGGAGGAAUUACUUACUCGGAGAUGCGCUGCGCUUAUGAAGUUUCUCAAGCCUACAAGUCUUGUGAAGUUGUCAUUGGUUCUACACAUGUUUUGACACCUAGAAGACUACUGGAUGAAGUCAAGAGCCUUAAUAAACCAAAGGAUACAGUCUGCAUUAAGGAUGAGUAGGAAUGGUCAUGCUUAUGAUGCUUUAGGCAUCAAACAAACAAUAUAGAACAUGUACAUAUUCUCACGCUGCUGACUCUUUCAGUGUAGUGGGACACAGUAUGUUUCUGACUAAUUGAAUGUCACUUUAAAUUAUGAAGCUGCUGCUUUUUUGGUGGGAAGUAGAAGGCAGAAGGGGAAAAAAUAAUCAGGGUGUGCUUUUUGAGAAGGUUAUGAUUAUUCCUAAUAAAUUAUGUGAAAGUUAUUCAGAUUAUAUAUGAACUGUAAUAGUUUUUAAAAACUGUGAAACAUUUUUCUAACAGGUGAAUUAAAAAGGGUCUAGGCACUAAAAGGCUUCAGAAGCAAGUCUGUAAAUAGAAGUGCUAAAACAUUCCACACAACUGCAAUGUCUCUGAUGUUGUCUCCGUAAAAUAACUCAUUGGAAACAUUAAUUGUAUGCCAUUGUUAAAAUACUUUUUAUUUUUUUUUCAGAUGGUAGUGGGUAAGGUAGAAAUACAAUCAUGGGCAUAUCAAGCCGUUCUGAUUUCAAUAAAUAGCUUUGGAUAAAUGCAGUUAAUUGUGGACCUAAGUAUGCUGUAUAUUCAAGUAUGCGCAGGAAUUACUUCUAAAGCUUCUCAAAUGCAAUUUCUUAUAAACUCCUUUUUUGUGUCUACGUAGUCCAUCUAUUUAAGAAAUGAAAUUCCCUAUGACAGUAUUCUACUGGUUCCCAAACAUUGUAAAAA